CAGCUAGGAGCUUAAUUAAGUAGUAUAAUAAAGUUUAAACCCCAUGGGAAAAAGAGAGGAGCCAAAGCAAACGCACGCGCCCACACACAAAAUUCUCCUUUUCAAUUUGCUCAUUUCCUGUGAAUUAGGGUUAGGGUUUGCGAGAUCAUCGAGCGCAUGGCCAGCACGAUCCCGGAACCGUCGCAGCCACCGUUGGAGCAGAGCGAUGCGAAGCCGGCGCUGAGGAAGCCCGAGUUCAAGAAGGUGGAGCAGUUGAAGCCCAGCACAACCGGCCACACGCUCACUGUCAAUGUCAUUAGCUCCAACACCGUCUUGGCCAAGGGCCGAUCCGUCUCCCACCAUCUUCGCCAGACCCGGAUCGCCGAGUGCGUCGUCGGGGACGACACCGGCACCAUCGUCUUCACCGCCCGCAACGAGCAAGUGGAUCUGAUGCAGCCUGGUGCGACAGUUAUUCUCCGCAAUGCAAAGAUUGACAUGUUUAAGGGAUCUAUGAGGCUAGCAGUAGACAAAUGGGGUCGUGUUGAGGUGACUGAGCCUGCAGAAUUUGUUGUCAAGGAGGAUAACAAUCUUUCUCUAGUUGAAUAUGAGCUGGUGAGUGUUGAUGAGUGACAGAGAUCUUUUGGCAGCUGAUAUUUUGAUAUAAAGAGUAGCUUCAGAAUUUUUAAGGUUGUGAUGAUUUGUCCUAAUUCCUAGUAAAUGUGGUUGUCUUAUCAAUUGGAAUCUGUAAUUUGGUGUUGGCAUGCAGAUGUCUUCUGGAACUAGUUUUCUUUUCUUUUAAUAUGACUACCAUGACAAGUAGGGCUUUGUUAGGUAUUGGCAGGUACAGUUGGACCCUGCUUAAGCUGGAAAUUUGAACAAGUGUUUAAUGAUUAAAGAUCUUUCCUUCUUUCU